CGGGCACAAAGCUCGACCGAGCAUGCCGCGGCGUCCAGGGAUGAACGGGCGGGCAUUCAGGGACGCUGUGUUACUACACCAUCUGCGACCCCUCCCCUCUUGUCACCUUGGCUAAAAUCCAACCACCUCGGAAAUAGAGGCAACCGGCUUCUUGCUUGAGAUGUAUUCAGAGGCACACGCUAGGUUUACCCGACGUACUUUCUGCAAAUAUAGGUACGGGAAGAGCGGGUGGCACUUUCUCCUUGCUGUUGCAGGUUUCCAUGACGCUGAGCGCACCGCAAUCAGCGCGAAAUAUCCAUCUUCCGCGGCAACCAAAGCAGGACCCCACCAGGGAAGCGCCUCCCAAGGAAGACCACGUCGAUCAAUUGGCAAAGAAAAAGCGGCCAAAUGACAACACAUCAGUUAGCAAAGGAUAUGAAAAGGGCUCUCCCAGGGUCGCGCCCCAAAAGCAUAAGCCAUUGAGAAUCGAUACAGUACACCCCGAAGUUAUCGAUAGCUGGAGAAACCCCGAGGAGGUAGCACUAGACAUCAACAAUUUUGCAUCAGAAGUGCGUUUUGGGGUGAAUAGAACCGGGGAGAACUUUCUUCACAGCGUCAUCCUGUACCUUUGUCCCCCCGACGAGCCUAGCAGCACCGUGGACGGACCCCGUCGAAUGCCGUACAAACUUCCCCCGGAAGCGGAACGCUUUCUUCAGCGAUUCGUCCUCGACAAGCCGGAGCUUCUUGGCCAGAAGGAUUUUCGAAAAAUCAUUCCGAUUUGUACGGGAGCGGAAAAGUUACCUACAUUCAUCUUCAUGAUCUUUGAUCUCGUCAUACCCGAACACACACGGGAACGGCUCAAAGUACCGACUGGGGAUGGGCGACCGUGCGAGCACUGCCCGUUGCAGGAGGUCUCGCCGGGGUUGAGGAGUUUCUUCCCUGCUAGAGAGCAGAACUCAAGCAGCGAUAUCGACGACCUUGAACCCUCGGCACCGACCGAUGAUCAGGAAGGCCAAAAGAUAAUAAACGGCAAAGAUCGAGAUGCGAGCCUGGAUGAGACGUGCCUGCACGGCCAAAUUGACGUCAAGCGUAUGCUGGAGCAAGAGGAAGUCUUCACAAAAGGUCUAGCAGAUGUCAUGGAGACGGACGGCUUGACGAGUCUAGUUCUCAUGUCCCUUCUCGACACCAAUCGCUUUGACGACGGACAAGAUAAUCAUCAAUUAGUCGAGUUCCCAAGCUUUGAGUCAAUUUUACGACUGUGCCCAGAGAGCACCUUCGCAGCAGCGACAUCGAACACCGGCAGAACUUUGCUUCAGCAGGCGGCGUUGGCUUUUGGAACAAGACGGCUCAAGUACUCGUUAGUGUAUAAGGUCAUCGAGGCGCUGGUGCGAAGAUCCCCCGCUUCAAUCUUCAUUGGUACCAAAGUAGAUGAUGAUAAGCUACCCAAUGUCUAUCAUAUGCUUGGUAAUUUGGAAACAACCACCGGUAAAUGGGAAGACGACGGUACACCAUCGCCACAGGAGUGGAUAUCGAAAGCGCGGGAUCUGAUCAAAAGGGAAUGCAUCGGAUACAACGGGCCUCUCGACGACGACAAAACCAACAAAGACCUGCGAGCUAGAAAGAUAACCCUCUUGUACAACAAAGAAAAUUUCGAGAGAAAGCUUUGUUUCAACCUCGGCAGCAAGUCCAACAUCAUCUUUGACCAAGAAUACAUCGACGUGAUCAAGGACAAUUCGGGGACCAACGCCCAGCUGGAAACCGUCCUGGAGUUUGUGCGACUGCCAAACUGGAAACCCGAGGGGGGGAAACGAUAUCAGCCCAAGAGGGGACAACACACCAUAGCAGAAACGAUGAUACCACCAACGGAAACCCUUGACCCUUAUAUUUCCAUCUUCGGCUGGCUCUGGGACACGUGUAGAGUAAAAAAGAUUUUUACUCUGGAAGUCGACGACGUCAGUGACGAGCCACACACUAAUGUUGGUAUUCGAGAAGCACUCCGGGGCAUCUCGGCUGAUGAGCCGGAUGGGACACGUGAUUUCGAGAUUGAGGUCUGGAAGUGGAAAAAGUUUGACAUUUGUGUCGAAACCAUCGCAAAGUCGGCCCCCGGCGUCCAUGAGGUUCACCUCUACUCGAGGGGAAAUGUUGCCGUUUUGAGAGGCUGGAGUUGCCGUUCCGGUCUUGCCCAAUUGAAGAGGUUAAGAGAGGUACACGUUGAAAUCCACGCAAAGAACACAAAGGACCACGACGAUUGUGUCAGAUACUGGGAGACCUUUAAAGCAAGGGUGAGAAAGCAUUGCCCGCGCCUAGGACAGGAUGACAUCAAGAUGUAUGAUGGUAGGAAAAGCGGCUCGAGCCAAGAGAACGUCACCACUACCGUCAGGGGAGCUGGCCAGGGGGCAGACUCGACUCGGCCCAAGCAGCAAGAAUGGAUCAAGGAGUUAUCAGGAUUCAAGGCGUGGAUCCAAAGUCUUAUCCCGAAUAAAAAGCAGAAGCCGAGGGUUAAAGUGGGCAUCCUCGACGACGGUGCCGACUUGGCCAAUCUUCACGGGAUGCAGCGCGGAUGGUCCUUCCGUGCUGACCAGCAGGAGUACUUCAUGGGCCCAUGCGAGCACGGCACUCAGAUGGCAACAUGCGUGAGAGAUAUUUGCCCCAUGGCCGACUUGUACAUUGGCCGGCUUGAUGACUCACGCCAGCAUGAGCCCAACGAAAAAUUCACAGUUGAGUCGUGCGCCAAGGCCCUUGGCUGGGCGCUCAACGAGGGUGCAGACGUCAUCUCGAUGAGUUGGACAUACUCCAAGUCGCCCUUUGACUUCUACAAGGGGGAAUUCGAGAAGUUGAUCAAGGAGACCGUCCAGGAUGAACGUGCAGCCUUAUUUGGCUCCCUACCGGAUAUGGGCCACAACCACCCGGCGGACAAGUUCGCACCUGUUGGCCUUGACGGUGUGAUGAAAAUCAGUUCGUCCACCCCUUCAGGCGCUGUUUCGGAUAGCAACCGCUUGGAGAAGUCCGACUUUCUCCUCCCGGGUGAGGAGACGAGAGACGCCGACGGUAAUUUAACGCUUAAGGGGAGUUCCUACGCCACAGCCUACGCUGCCGGGCUGGCCGCUCUCGUCCUGUAUACGUUCCGGACCUUGGAGGUUCUCGGAGAGCGGGAGGGGAACGCUUCGCCGGACGCGCGACUCGCCCGGGACGCUCUCCUUGUGGCAAAGAAACCCAACGGCAUGAGGCGCAUUUUUGAAGCAAUGGCGCCCGUGAAGCGCGGCAAGGAUAGUAUCGUAGGGCCCUUUGUGCAGCCAUCUACAGAUGUUCUCCGACCGCCUAAGGAUAAAGGGCCCGGCGAGAAUAUUGUAAAGUUGCGCCAUAUCGUAAAUACCCUUGUAACGGGGGCGGUAAAGACCGAGGUGUUAGGGGAGCGGUGAGCGUAAAGGUGUGUCCGAACUUAUUCGUUCGGGAUAUGAUCCGAGGACCGUCCCAAACUGCAUUGGACGAAGAAUCAACUCGAUACCUACCUAUCCUUCAAGGUAGAUUCCAUUAGAGGCCGUCAUGUUUUCUAGGAGGUCGGUAGUAGUUGAUCAGACAUCCUGAUGAACCCGU